GCUGUAUUCCUCACCAAAGAAAAAACUGACACCAGUGCAGAAGUCGGUUAGUCCGCUGGUGUGGUGCAGGCAAGUUCUGGAUUACCCAAGCCCUGAUGUUGAAUGUGCUAAAAAGUCUCUUAUCCACAAACUUGACCAGACUAUGUCAGCUCUCAAGAGGCAGAAUUUAUAUAACAACCCUUUCAACUCUGUGAGUUACACCAGUCCUUACAGUCCGAAUGCCAGUAGCCCCUACAGCAGUGGCUUCAAUUCUCCAUCCUCAACCCCAGUACGACCUCCGAUAGUCAAACAGCUCAUACUUCCUGGAAAUUCAGGUAACUUGAAAGGUUCAUCAGACAGAAAUCCUCCACUCAGUCCUCAGUCCUCUAUAGAUAGUGAGUUAAGUGCUUCAGAAUUAGAUGAAGACUCAAUUGGAUCCAAUUAUAAGCUAAACGAUGUGACCGAUGUGCAGAUUCUAGCCCGAAUGCAGGAAGAAAGUCUCCGGCAAGAAUAUGCAGCCACCACGUCUCGGCGCAGCUCGGGUUCAUCCUGCAAUUCCACGAGACGCGGAACAUUCAGUGAUCAGGAGCUCGACGCACAGAGCUUAGACGACGAAGACGACGCUAUGCACCACGCAGUGUACCCUGCCGUUAGCAGGUUUUCACCCUCGCCACGCAACUCACCUCGACCGUCUCCCAAGCAGUCACCCAGAAACUCCCCGCGCUCGCGCUCCCCUGCGCGGGGCAUAGAGUACAGCAGAGUGUCCCCACAGCCUAUGAUCAGCCGCCUGCAGCAGCCACGCCUUUCACUUCAGGGCCACCCCGCGGACUUACAGACCAGCAGCGUCAAAAACGAAGAAAAACUAAGACGCAGUCUUCCAAACCUGUCCCGAACAUCUACCACACAAGUUGACUCAGUGAAAAGCAGCAGAAGUGACUCCAAUUUUCAAGUGCCAAAUGGGGGAAUACCUCGCAUGCAACCUCAGGCUUCAGCCACUUCGCAAAGGCUGAAAAAUUUGCCUCGUACUUCCCUCAAAGCCAAACAGUUGCUUCAAACUUCAUCUACAAAAAGAGUACCUUCUCCAGGCAAGUUCCGCUCCCCGGCAGCACCAUCUCCUUUGGCUCUCCGGCAACCCGUGAAAGCGUUCAGCAACCACGGCUCUGGUAGCCAGGACCCGGCACAGCUCACACAGACCACCUCCUCACCUGGGCCUCCCGUGGCGCAGAACAUGGUCCCGGCAAACCCCCCCAGCAACCUCAGCAGCGCCGCUCUGCCCAGGCCUGCAGGGACGACCGCCAUGAGGAGCGGCCUGCCCAGACCCAGUGCCCCUUCUGCUGGGGGCAUCCCAGUGCCUCGCAGCAAGCUUGCACAGCCUGUUCGCAGAUCCUUGCCAGCCCCUAAAGCCUACGGCAGCAUGAAAGAUGACAGUUGGAAAGACGGCUGUUACUGACCAGCGAGACAAGAACGCAGAGGUCCACGGCUUCACGGAUACCCUUCACCAGGCUAAAAACAGCUUUUAUAUGCAGACUGUUCAGAUAAGACUCCUGGGAUUUGCCGAAUCCCGCCCUCUCUGCCCUAACUAGCACAAGCCGGCAGAGAUGGUCAGCAGCACUUUAAUGACAUUUAACAUCAGAUGUGUUUGGUAAUCAUACAAUCACUCUCCAUGGAAUCACUUUUAGUUUUGUUUAAUAGAAACUCAGUUGAUUUUUUACUAUUUGACAGAGCCCAAUAUCUGGGCCAAUGCCUACUGGAUGCCAAAGAGAAAUGCCCAUUUGAAAAUGAGAGAGUACCUUUGUGCACAAGAAAACGGUGAAUUCCAGCUAUCCAAAAGCUCACGUUCGACCUAAUUUACUGUAUCCAUAGUUCCAAUAAAUACGUGUGUUCAUGAGAACUCAUAUUCUGACUAAUUAUCUAGUGUCCCACCAGGAUGCCAGCUCAGUAGUGCCCUGCAGACUGCGAGGCCGCAGGUGGGAGGGAGCGACCUGGCCUCGAGUUAAAGCUCAGCCCCGGGUGUGGGAGAGCUCUGCAGGCCGUGCAGAUCCGUCAGUUUUCAUUUGACUUCGUGUUGAGUUUUGGGUGUAGCUCGCACUCCACCACCCCCAGGUAGUGUGAGUCAUGCCCCGUCAUUCGCAUCCACACGUCGCACUGUGUGUGUGUUGUGAUUGCCAGAAGGGCUUCAUACCCGUUGUACAGUCUCGCUGCACUUCACAGUUCCCGGCUCAGGAAAGAUGGCCUUUGCUAUUGAAGCCCACUUCUUCACAUGCCGCUGUCCGCCACGGAACUAAGAGUCUGUUCCCACCAGCAGGUCCCGUGGCGGGAAGAGCAGGUAGCAACUCUUGAUGCAACAAGACCUCCGUGCUUACCGCCUGGGGCCGAACCACACGAGAGAGGGAGGUCUGUGCACUCACCCGACUAAGUCGCUGGCCGCGACAGUUGUCAUUGCUUUUAAACAGCGUGACGGUUUGUUAGUGGUAGGGAAACAGCCUGCUAAGUCUUACUGAAGCUGAUCCACUGUAAGCUGAGUGACUGUAAGACAUCUGUUAAAAAUACUGUCCCUUUGACUUAGAUUCUGCCUUACAUUGAUAUUUUCAUGUUAGUGAAAAACAACAAAACAAAGCAACCGACUGCAUAUGGCUCUAACUAGUUAAGUUUCUCUGGCUCUUAGACGUAUCCUUGAAACCGCCUGUUUUGGUUUUACUAGACUAAAACUUCCUCUGUAACAGGCUUCUCAUUUUCGAUUGUGAGGUCUGUUUUUAAUACUUCAUUUGAACAGCUCUGAAAUAUUUGCAGUCGGGUCACCCGACAGAUUUUAGAGAUUUAACUCAAGUUCGUUUCCUGUUCAUCGAAGACCUUCUGUAAGUUGGCAAAAGACAUUGAGCGCGAAAGGGAGGGCUGGGUAGCAUUGAGGUGGACAGGCUGAGAGAGCUGAACCUGAGACCCCCACCCUGCCGUGGCCGUCGCCAUGGCAGUGUGUCCGCUGGACUAGGAGGGGGUCCUGCACCCAGCACAGCCACAAGAUGCCGGCCGCUGGCCUGUGUGUGGUGUGGACUGAGGAAGAGCCUGGACUCCCGAGCUGGGGGUGAUGGGCGGCUUAGGAGAGGAUUGCACCAGAAUUCUACAUGAUGGUGAACUAAAAAAAAAAAACAUUGCUUUUCAGAGGAAGCUAAAGCAGCUGCUUUGGGGGGAGGGGGGUGUCUCGUGUAAAUCCGAGGAAGAGAACUAGCCACUGUGUCUUUUUUAACGACUGCGUAUACACAACAGGUCUCCGUUUCAGCGCAACAUGUCAAAACUACGUAUGCUGCAAUCUUAAUCAAAAGGAACUUAACCCAAUUAGAAAUACCCAUUACGGUUUUUAAGUUAGAUAAUCAGUUUCAAAGGAGUAUUCAGGUUAUUUCACUUUGUUUUUAAAUGGCUGCAUCAGAAAAAAAAAAGUCUAUUUUUUUUUUAAUUAAAAUAUUUCAUCACUUGUUAAGCAUAUUUUGCAUCUUAGUUUGGUAAAGUGUUAAUUUCCCUGCCGUUGUACUACCACAGACUAUUGGCUUUCAGGUUCCUAAAGAGAAAAAUUGCCUUUUUACUAGAAAGCCUUUGUGCAUUGCCAAUUUUUCUGUUUGGGAAAAUCUAAGGAUUUACUGUGGUUGGUCAUACAGGAGAAAUGUGGAUUUGGGAACCUAGUGCCUAUGAUUUAACUUCUGUUUGCUAUAUAGUCAUAAGGGUUUUAUGAAUGUUGAUUAAUUUCGUGCCAACUGCCCAGAAUUGUCACUUGUAUGUAAGCAGAAAACUGAGCUCUGCUUCCAAAGUUAUUUAAUUUUCUCAGUGUUUGAAUGUUAUUUUUUGUAAGUGUGUUAAUAAAAGUGUAAAAAUUGGAAAAAUAUAAAUAUUCUUAACUCGAGCAUUUGCUGGAUCAUUUUUCUACAGAAACGUGUUUGUAUAAUAUAAAACACUCUCUGAAGAGUUGACUUUUUUCAGUUUUCAUAUCCUGGAAAUCACAUUUUGUAAAACCGGGGACCAUUCGUGAUUGUCAGAUACUUUUUACAAUUAUUAUCUCAAUACAUCAUUUUUAUAAACAAAGUUUUUUUGAAAGGAAAUCAGAGAGCUGCGCGGCCCCAGAUGUCUGUGUAACGCGAGAACGGCCUGGACUGCCCCCCGGCCGCGGCGGGACCGGUGCCCGCUCCCGCACUGCGCACGGUGCUGUCGCUCACAUGCAGUUUGAUUCGCAAACAUUUCUGUAGCCGAACUUGUAUAUGUGGUUGCCUCCUAAUAAACAGCCUGACCAUGACGUGUAUUAUUAAAUUUA